CUCUCUCUCUCUCUCCCGCUCUCUCUCUGUCUCUGUCUCUCUGUCUGUCUCUCUCUCUCUCUCUCUCUUUCUAUCUGUCUCUCUGUCACACACUCACUUUGUCUCUCUCUCGCUCUCUUCCUCUUUCUUUGUCUGUUUUUGUUCUCUAUCAUACACACUGUCUGUCUGUCUCUCUCCCUCUCUUUCACUCUCUCUCUCUCUCUCUCUCUCUCUCUCUCUCUCUCUCUCUCACCCCCUCUCUCUUACACAAAUGUCUCUUUGAGCGUCUUGUCAUGACCUCCAAAGCGGAUGUGGAAAUCCUGCCAAAAGAUGCAGAUGUUCCUCAGCGGCCGAGACACCAGAACACCACCGCCAUCCUCUUACCAGCUUCCCCUCAUCCGCUGCCGAAAGUGGACGUGUCCCAAAGCACAGCAAAGGAAGUGACCCAGGUGGGCGGGACGUGCAGCAUCGUCCACGUUCUGGAGUGGAAAGAGGGAAUGGCCAUUCUGCCAGGCAGCAACCUGAAGCUGUGUGUGAGCGACAGUGGCACUCUGGAGGUCAUCAGUCAUGGGAAAGUGAGCUCAGCAAACCCUCUCGCUGACGGAGCUGCAACCAAAGUCAUGGAUGGAGAACCCAAACCCAAGGUGGUGAAACCCGGGACAGAUCCUUCAGCAGACGUCCAGGCCGUAUGCGUGGAUGGAGGUCGGCUCAUUAAGGUUACCCCGGAGGUCCAGGAGAACUCGGGUCCUCACAGGAACAGCGAUCAGAUGAUGAAACGCACCUACACUGACGAGCUCCGGCGAGACCCGGCACCUGACAGUCUGACAGGAAGUGAGAGGGGUUUGGAAGCAGGAGUGAUGUCUCGAGACCCGGAACUCCUGAAGCCGAUGAAGAAGAGGAGGAGGAGGGAUUAUUUAAGCCCCUCCGAGGAAGACUCCGAGCCUGAGCCGAUGGAAGGGAAAGCUGAAGACCUAAAAACAGAAGGACAAGAAAAAACAGGAACAGACGCUAAAGCCGAGUCGUGGUCGUGGGCGCAGUAUCUGGAGGAGCAGAAGGCCGUUGCAGCUCCGAGCAAACUCUUCCAAGAGUCGCAGCGAGUUCCUGAAAGUCCCAACAACUUUAGUCAAGGUAUGAAGUUGGAAGGAAUCGACCCCCAACAUCCCUCCAUGUACUUCGUCCUGACUGUGGCUGAGGUUUGCGGUUAUAGAUUACGUCUCCAUUUUGACGGUUACUCAGACUGCCAUGACUUUUGGGUCAACGCUAACUCCCCUGAUAUCCACUCUCCGGGGUGGUGUGAGAGCACGGGGCACAAACUACACACUCCUAAAGGGUUUAAAGAAGAGGAGUUUUCGUGGUCCAGCUAUUUAAAGCUCUCCAAAGCACAAGCCGCUCCGCAGGAACUGUUCAGCGAGCCGGGAAACAUCGAGACCGACGAGGAGUACGGCUUCGAGGUCGGGUUAAAGCUGGAAGCCGUGGACCGCAUGAACCCGUCUCUGAUCUGCGUUGCCACGGUGACCGACAUCGUGGGCAAACGGUUCCUAGUGCACUUUGACAACUGGGACGAUACGUACGAUUACUGGUGCGACGCUCGAAGUCCGUACAUUCACCCCAUUGGCUGGUGUAAAGAGAGGGCCCUCCCCCUGACACCUCCACAAGAUUACCCCGAGCCGGGUCGGUUCUCCUGGGAGCGUUACCUGGACGAGACCGGAUCCACAGCGGUGCCUGCGGACGCUUUUAAAGUGCGUCCUCCUCACGGCUUCCAGGUGAACAUGAAGCUGGAGGUGGUGGAUAAGAGGAGUCCGGCGCUGAUCCGUGUGGCCAGCGUACAGGAAGUGGACACGCACAGGAUUAAAAUCCAUUUCGACGGUUGGAGUCAUGUGUAUGACGAGUGGAUGGACUCUGAUCAUCCUGAUAUUCACCCCGCUGGAUGGUGCGAGAGCACGGGUCAUCCUCUAAAACCUCCUCCCUCGACCCCGCCCAGUGUCCCGCAACCUAGUCCGAGGGAAAGCGCAGCUGUAACUCCGCCCAGUUUCGCCUCAACGCCAUGUAAAACCGGCCCGAGUUCCCGCAGCUCCUCCAAAUACAGCUUCCACAACAGGAAGUGCCCUACUCCUGGGUGUGACGGCUCAGGUCACGUGACCGGACGUUUUACAGCGCAUCACUGUAUAUCCGGCUGCCCGUUGGCCGAGAGGAAUCAAGGGCGGGUCAAAACGGACCUAUCGGAUACGGAGGGAUCCAAACGCAACCUCCUCGUCUUCGGCCAGAGGGCUAAAAAGUCUCGCUACCAUGGCAGGAUUGGCCGUCCUCCGAAAUAUCGAAAGAAUCAACAGCGAGCCUAUCAGAACAUGACUUCAGAGAGCAUGUAUCCCUCGCUGUUCAUGUCUGCACUGACGGCGAGUUCAGAUCGGACUCUCUCUCUCUGCUGGGAGCAGCACUGCAAGCUCCUGCCUGGUGUUGCAGGAAUUCACGCCAGUCAAGUAGCUACAUGGAGCGUAGAUGAAGUGUUCGGCUUCGUGCAGAAUCUUAUCGGGUGUGAGGAGCAGGCGCGGCUUUUCAAAGACGAAAUGAUCGACGGAGAGGCGUUCCUCCUGCUGACUCAAACGGAUAUAGUGAAGAUCAUGAGCAUCAAGUUGGGACCGGCCCUGAAGAUCUACAACGCCAUUCUGAUGUUCAAGAGCACCGAUGAAGGACUGUAGUCGACUUCGGCUCCUCGGUGCUGCGCCACGUUCUCAUCCAUCCACGAUCCACCACCCAUCAUGUGUUUGGUGUUUACUGCUGUCCCCACCAGAGAGAGAGAGAGAGAGAGAGAGAGAGAGAGAGAGACACACACACACAGAGGGAGGAAAAAAAUGAGACAAACAUCAUAAAAGAGAGAGUAAAGCGUAACUGAGCCCAAGCGGACGCUGCUGUAUUUUUCCAAAGUGCUGAAUGUUAUGGCGUGUUAAUGGACCGUCACGGUUCCUCAUUCUUCUUUCUGCUAACUCAAUGUUACAAAAAUCCAGAUUAAUGAUUCCAUCACCCAGGGGAGAAAAAAAGAUCGAAUAACGACACCGCGCUUGAUGGUGUUUACGUCAUCGUUUUGUCAAAAUGUUUACAAACCAGAGUUCCAGAUGUUCUCCUAGUUCUUCCUCCAGGUUCUCCAGUUUCCUCUCACCGCAUAAAAACCUCUACAUCGCGCCUGGCGUCCCAUCCGGAGUGUGUUCCUGCUCUAGAGCGUUUACUGAAGAGGGCAAUUUCUUAUAGAUGCGAUCCAUGAAUCACAAGCAAGUCCAGAUCCGAGGUCAUAACAGAUACAGGAGGUCAAUUCUGAUAUCUCGUCUAACGCUGCGUCCGUGAACACUUUAUGAUGCUUUAAAGCGGGAGGGCUGCGGCGUAUCGGGGGGUUUCAGAAGUCUUCCCCCUUUGCAGAGUCGUCGCAAUGCGUUAAAAAUAAAUAAAUAAAUACUGGAGCAUGAUUGGACAGGUGGUUCAGGAUAGGCCAAGGCGGCGCUGAUGAUGGCGUACAUCUCGCCGAAUCCUGGCAGAAUGAAUACACGGUACGAGUAUUCGUACUCGGAGGAGCAGAGAGAACGAUGAGCUUCCUUGAUGGUCCGUAAAGGAAUUUUUUAAAGACGGUAUUAGUAGACGGAGUCGCACUUCUCAGCAGAGUGUGAACAGAGCUGUUUUACAUGAAGAAAUAAAUAAAUUAAUUAAUUGGUGCUACCCCGAUAUUAAUGAUGCACUUUAUCUGAUUGGCCACUAGGUGGAGUAAAUGUACAUUCUGAGCCAACUCAAUCAUCAGCAUUUACCCUUCAGCCCAUUUCUGGAGCUAUUUUAUUAUGUUGCUUAUAAAAUUAUAGAAAAAUGAUCAACUGGUGUUUGUAAUAAUAAUGAAUAUUGUUAAUGAACUAACAGGGAUUGGUACUGUUUACAUCUAAAGCAAUGUCUGUCUUUUUUUUUGGUGAAUUAUUCUCUCUCUGAUGGGAAAUAAUAAUAAUAAUAAUAAUAAUAAUAAUAAUAAUAAUAAUAAUAAUAAUAAUAAUAAUGUACAGACCUUAAGUAAAAUAUGUCAUUCAGCUCAUCCACAUGAAUAAACAGUUUAACUUCAAGACUGACUCGCUGGAAAUUUGUUUAUGAUUGUAAUAUAUCGCUUACAGGCAAG